AAAUCUCUCUAAGAAUAACCCUGGGCCAUGCAGGGGCUCCGUGCUGCAGCUCGAGGGGCCAUGGCUGGAGCCCAGGGGGAGUAGCCACUGCUGGAGAGCCAGAUCCAUGGAUGGGCCACGAGCAGGGCAGGAUGCCAUGAAGAACUGCACUGACCAGGAGUACUGGGACACCCUCGUUUCCCAGUGCAUCCCCUGCAGCCUGGCCUGCAGGCAGUCCCUGGCCAGGAAGUGUGAUGCUGUGUGUGAGUCCAUGGACUGCAACAAGAGGCCGGGAUUUUACUACGAUGAUCUGGUGAAGACCUGCAUCAGGUGCAGCUCGGUGUGCGGGCAGCAUCCCCGGGAAUGCGCCCCGUCCUGCGAGCCCACGCCCGCGGCCGUGCUGGAGCAGAAGGCGUGCGCGGAGCAGGAGCCGUGGCUGGCGCUGUGGCUGCUGCUGGGGCUCUGCCUCUGCAGCCUCGUCUGCUCGCUGCUCCUGGGCUGGACUCACCUGCGCAGGAGGGGAGAGCCCGGCUCCUGCCAGCCCAGCGCCGGCAGCUGCCACUGCAGGGAGGACCCUGCCAAAGAUGGGCUGGUGGAAGCUGCCAGCGUUGGUGAGGGGUUCACCAGCAUCAGAAUCCCAGAGCCAGUGGAAACCUGUGGCUUCUGCUUCCCUGGACAUGGCUCUGCAGUACAAGAGACCAAACCCUGCCCCAGCAGCUCCUGCCACCCCGGGGAAAGGGCUGCUCCCUCCUUCUCUGGGAUCUGCAGCACGGGGAGCGCCGGGGCCCUCCCCAGCCCUGAGGAUGGCCACUUCAAAAUCAUCUGCUCUCCUGCCCAGGAGAAGGCACCCAUGGUGUGACCACAGGGGUGUCCCAGCACGGGGCCACCAUGGAGGGAUGCUCCCUCUGCCCCCAAACCAAAGCUGCUUCACCCUUUGUUGCCAGGAACAGCCUCUGCCCAGCCCGGGCUGUGCCAAGGGCUGCAGGACACAGACAGGGCUGGAGGUACCAUAGAGCUGUUUGCUUCCACUCAGGAAACCAAAUUCCCAUUAUUCUUGUGAAUUCCCAGUGAAAGAAGUCACUUCCCAAGUAGCAGCAUCCUCCAGCUUGACCUGGGUGCAUGCCAGCCCUUGGGGACAUCUCAUGGGGACUUUUCAUCCUGGAUCCAUCCCUGCAAAGGAUCCCUGCUCUCCUCUCCCUGCCUGGAGAUUCCUUCACGAAUCAGAACAAUUUUCAGCACAGCUGUAAAUGUCUCAAAUGUGGAAUUGGAUCCGAGGAUUUACUGGUGGAAUUGAUAAGGAGCCAGCGUGGGAAGCUCCACUGCCAGUUUCCAGCACUGCCAUGGGUGAUGGGGAGGCUUUGCCUCAGGACCAGGACACGAUGCUGCACAUGAGGAGCUGGGACAGGCACCAAAACCCUCAAUGGAACUGGGUUUAAAUAUGAAAAUUCAUCCAAGGCUGAGAUCUUUCUACAAAAUUGGAUUUAUGUAUAUCUGACCUGGGUUAUUCUGAAGAGCUGGUAAAAGUGAGGAAUCAGCUGAAGAUAAAGCUGCUUUGAGAGAAUAUUUUUAUCUAGCCUGUCUUUGAAAGCUAUCAUAGAAAAAUAGGGGUUUCAAUGUGUAAUUUGGAGUUCUCAUUUCCACUAAAGGAGACUGUAGGAAUUUUUUUUUUUUUUUUUGCAAGGAAUCACUCCUGGUAGGAGCCCAUCCCCUCCACUGUCUUAAGCUAGAGCUUUAAACUUGAAAGAAUAAAUGUAAUUCAAAAUAUGCACAACUUGGUGCUGGGAAAGCAGACAGCUGGAGAAAACAUGAGCAGAGUAAUGAGAUUCUACACCUUCUACAUUACACUUUCCUUUAAAUGUAAAUACUUCCUUAUCAUUAACAAAGGCAUCACCUGGGAGGUUCAGCCUCUCACUCUGGUCACCUCCCACAGUCCAUGGACCUCCCAACAUCCAGACCAGAGCUGGGAUCACUGCUCCAGGUGAAGGUUUUGCACUUACCUUGGGGCAGCACCAGCACAUCGUCCCCUGGCACCAGGGCUGGGAAUGCCCCCAGCUCUGUGCUCCCUCUGCCCAAGCUCUUCCCAGCAAGGACAGGGAAUUCAGGAGAAGGAAAACCCUCAGCAGCAGCCAGUGCCUCCCCAGGCUGCCCCUUCCAGCAGGGAGCUCCUGGGGACACCUGGAUCCAGCCCAGCUCUGGUGCCCUACAGACCUUCAGUGCCACCUCCAGGCCAUGGUCUUACACAAAGAGAUCCAGAACCUUAUUUAAAAACAGGACAGAAUUAAGUGAACACGUGCCACCAGUGCUGCAAUUAGGGCAUCCCUGCAGGAUCAAGAGGCAUCAAUUAUUCAAAUGAGAAGGAUUUUAGGGCCAUGUCUGUGCCAGUGAGAGCAGGAGCUCACCCUGUGUGGCACCAGGAGCCCCAGCUGGCUCAGGAGGUCACUCACCUCACACCCAAGCAAAGCCAGGGCUGCUCCUCCUGUCACCAUGUGGUGUCUCAAAAAUUGGGGAAAACUCAUCAGAGGCCAAGUCCUGCCCAGACACAAGAAGGGCACCCUCACCCUCCCCUCCUUGUGGGAAUGUAACUAAAAUUAUCAGCACAGAAAAGGUAACAGAGAGCAACUUGAACAAAUUAGCAGGAAAAUAACAAACACCCUUAGCUGGAGACCCAAGAGGAAUCAGUGGAUUUGGCAUUUUACAGCCACUGGCCAGCAGCUCUGAAGGAUCAUACCUGGAGACAUCAGUUCCAGUGUUAGGGGGACACUAUGAACAGGACACCAGCAAUUCCAGAUGGGACCAGUCCAACCACAUGGAAUUGAGGGCAUUGAUUCCGAGCAGGAUCCCCCGCCCAGGGUUUAACCAAUUCCCACAUUUCUGCUUUUUCCAUCAGGCAAAGCUUGAUCUCUACUAGAGUGGCUGAGAGACAUGAAAAUGUAGCUAAAAGCACUUUCUGGCUAUUUUUGUGUCCCCUGUAGAGCUGUGUUCACUGCUGGCAGGUAACAGAACACACCCCACCGUGAGCCUGCAUGGCUGCACCACUCUUUGUUUCCAGUCAUUUCUGCAAAUGCCUCCUCCCAACAGACCCAGCUGUGCAGAUAGAAAAUAUACCUCAAAAUAAACAAGUCAAGCCCAAACUGCUGCCCUGGAUGAGGAGCUGUCACUGCUGGCCGUCAGCACAUCAGGGAGCCUUUGCCUCACUCUCCCUUCGGCUGUUCCGUGGCCGGCGUUUUCCUACAGGCGAUGCUGAAGGAGUUCCGCGGAGGAACCUCCCGGGAAUAAUUCCGUGCAGGAGCUGCGGGGCUGCUGCUGGAGGGAUGGAGGGGGAGAGAGAAGGCUGUGUUUGAGAGAAAGCAGCAGGAGGGGUAGCGCUGCUCAUACGCCAGCAGCUGCUCUUCCAUUUUUAUAGGAAAAGGGAAAAUGCUGUCCCCUCCUCUCAGAACCAUGGAUUUACUGCUGCUGGAAAUAGAACCUGGUGUGAUUCGGGAACGGACACGGGGGGUGGGCUGGUAGGCUGGAGAGGGGGGAAGAAAAGAAUAAUAGACCUUUGAAUACGCUAAGAAUUCUGCUUUUGAAACCAGAGAGAGAGAGCCUUGAAAGCUCCCCCCGAGAACCAUCUGCGCCCGUGCAGGCGCACAGAGCAGAACCCUCUCCACCAGAUGGGCGGGGAGGAAAAAUUAAGGGUGAUUUAUACGGCUCGGCUGCCUCGUCCCUAAACAAUUUGUUCCUGAAGGCUUAACAAAGCCGGCUGCAGCAGCUCCGCCGGCUGAGCGUGUGCUGUGAAAAACAGAAUUCAUUAAAAGGGCAGCCAAAGGCUCAGACUUCGGCGCCACAAAGCGAAGGCAGCGCCGGAGUCAUCCUCAUCCUCCUCCUCCUCCUCGGCGGCGCCUGCCGCGGGGUGGCAGUCCCGGUCCGGCCGGGAUGCAGCGCAGCAGCGCUGGGGAUGACGAGAG